UGUGUGUAUUAAAGACCCAGUGAACGUCAGCAGACCAAGUUGUCACAACCUGACGUUUCCAGUUUUAUCUGCUUAUGGGGCUAGGAAGGGGUACUUGGCACUUUGUUAAAGAAGAAGCAAGCUGGGGAUAUCCGGUGAUUGAUUUGGAUGCUUGUAUUACGGAGAAGAGAUGCAGCACACAGCUCAUGAGUUCUUAGGAUAGCUGUGGGCUGCUUUCCUGCUGCUCUCCCACCUUCUGGGUUUUGGAACAAACAGAAGUUAGAAGAAGAUUUCAUCAAGGUCAGGCAAAAGGAUUCUGGAUACCUCCUUUGUACCGCGUAAAAUGGGCAGCACUGUCUGGACCUUGGGAUUCUUGUUUUUUUUCCUCUUGUCUACUGGGGACUGUACAAAUAAAUCCAAAGUUGGUAAAGACACUUCAAAAAGGUUUACACGCUCUGUUGAUCAAUCAGAUGCCGGUGAUGGCAAAAAGUGUGGCUACACCUUCAUGGUUCCACAACAGAAAAUCACGGGUCCAAUAUGCGUUAGUACCAAGGCAGCUGGGUCAAACAAAGACCAGGUAACUCGAAUGGACUUGGAGAACCUAAAAGAUGCGUUAGCUAAGCAGAAAAGGGAGAUGGAGAUGCUGCAAGUGAUUGUGGACGUGGAUGGAAAUAUCAUUAGUGAGGUGAAGUUACUAAGGAAAGAAAGUCGGAACAUGAACUCUCGCGUCACUCAACUUUACAUGCAGCUCCUGCAUGAGAUCAUCCGAAAAAGAGACAACUCUCUUGAAGUCUAUCAGAUGGAAAACAAGAUUCUAAAUGUAACAGCAGAGAUGCUUAGGGCAGCUACACGUUACAAAGAGCUGGAACUGAAAUACGCAUCACUGGUUGACUUGGUCAAUAACCAGUCAGCAGUUAUAGCUUUGCUGGAAGAACACUGCAUGAGAGUUUUUUCCAGAAGGGAUAGCCAUGGCUCACCACCUUUGGUUCAGGUGGUGCCACAGCACAUUCCCCAAAGCCAGCAGUACACACCGGGACUGGUGGCCGGCAAUGAAAUUCAGCGGGACACAGGAUAUCCACGAGCCAGAGACAGCAGACAGCCUCCACAAGUCCCGACACCAACAAGAAGCCCAUUCCGGAACCCUCCAGUCACCGUAGUCAAUGAAGGCCCGUUUCGGGACUGCAAGCACGCUAAGGAGUCUGGAUUUUCCAGCAGCGGAAUCUAUUUGAUUAAACCGAAUAACGCUAAUAAUCACGUGCAGCUCUGGUGCGAGAACGGACUGGAACCUGGCGGCUGGGCGGUAAUCCAGAGGAGAACAGACGGAUCUGUUAACUUCUUCCGGAACUGGGAAACAUACAAGAAAGGCUUCGGGAACAUCGACUCCGAGUACUGGCUGGGAUUAGACGCCAUUUAUCAACUGACCAACCAGGAUAACUACAAACUGCUCAUUGAGCUGGAGGACUGGAACAGUAAGAAAGUCUACGCAGAAUACAGCAGCUUCCGCCUGGAGCCGGAGACGGACUUUUACAGGCUGCGUUUAGGAACGUACCAGGGAAAUGCCGGCGACUCUAUGGUCUGGCAUAACGGCAAGCAGUUCACAACAUUGGACAGAGACAGAGACACAUAUUCAGGAAACUGCGCUCAUUUCCAUAAAGGAGGAUGGUGGUACAAUGCGUGCGCACACGCUAACCUUAACGGCGUAUGGUACCGGGGAGGUCAUUACCGCAGCAAGCACCAGGACGGCAUAUACUGGGCAGAGUACAGAGGAGGCUCCUAUUCUCUCAAAGCCGUCCAGAUGCUCAUCCGGCCCAUAGACUGAGAGGGUGAGAGGGCCCUGUCUGGCACAAGCUGAGAACAGACUGCCGUGAUUUGGGAAAUAAAUUAUAAACUUACCAUCGUGAAUACGUCAAGAUUAACACGUUGCAAGACUGUACGCAGAUUCACCCAAACUGCUGUCAUGUACUAUUACAGCAACAAUAAGAGGGAUGCUGGUGAAUCGCCAGCAUCGAUACGUUACCCAAUUAGAAAAAAAAAAGUAUUUAAACGAUUGUUUAAAAAAAGCAAUUGCUCGAGAUUUAAGAGAAAAAAAAAAGCACAAAGUACAUCAAAUGACAAAUCCUCCUAUGUGCAAAUCUCAGAUUGAUCACAACAAUGAGGGGAAGGCUAAAAAAAUAUAACAUUCCUUACAUGA